AUGUCUGCAUCGCCACCCGCCAUUCCCGACGGUGACAGCGCCGACUCUCCGUCUCCGUGGACCGUCGUCAAGGUCAAGGGAAGCCGCCACAGGGGCCAUGGCCGCCGCAGACGUAGUGCUGCCGCCCUGGACUUCCACCAACCAGAGCCCAUCCGGUCAUCAGCCAAGGGCCCGGCCUCUGCAGCCGAUAUCGAACAUGUCCAGCGCGAACACACGCGUGUAGCAGCAGAGUUUUGCGCACAGCCGUCGUGGCGCCACGUCACAGCCUGGGUUGCCGCCAAUGCUUCCGGCCAUGCAGCCGUGUCUCGAGCCGUCUGUCUCGGUGCCGGGUCCUUUGGCAGUCCUCUUGACGGCGGAGAGGCCAUUCGCCGUGCUCACGUCCAGACUGCCGUGUUCCUGGCGAUUAUCGAGAUUCUGGCCCCUGCCGGCAUCCCGUGCUUCUUUCAAGAGCCGCUGUACGGCGAUGCCGAUCGCAAGUUUCUCGAAAGCCUAGGCCACUCCGUCGUCGAGACGCCUGCUGCCACGGCCAUGAUCAAUGCUGACACGCUGGUGUUCGCAAUCCACCUGCCCACUCGCGCAUAUCUGGACUGUCUCGCAGGCGACCAGCCGGCCUUGCUGAUCGGCUCUGGCUACGAGUGUUAUGAGCGACUGCCCCAGUUUGCCACAGCCAAGACAUCCCAGCAGCUGCAACGUCUGCAGGAGAUCCACAACACGUUUGCACGAUUUGCUUUUCCGCAGGAGAAGCAUGACUACUGCUUCUCAGACACCUAUCUUUACUGGCGGCCCAUCCAGAAUGGCAGCCGAGACUGA